AUCUUUGAGUUCUAAUGAUAUCAAAGAACUCAAACCAGACACCUUCCGAAAUCUGUCCAGUUUAACAAGUCUGUAUUUGAGUCAUAACCAUAUCCAAGCAAUCAACGAAACCACUUUCCAAAAUCUCUCCAGUUUAAAAACUCUGUUUUUGAGUUAUAACCAUAUCCAAGCAAUCAACGAAACCACUUUCCAAAAUCUUCCCAGUUUAGAAACUCUGGAUUUGGAGGAUAAUAAUAUCCAAGAAAUAAAAGUAGGAACAUUCCAAAAUCUGUCCAAUUUAACAGAACUAUAUUUGAAUGGAAAUAAUAUCGACAAAAUUGAAAUAGGGACAUUCGAUGAUCUGACCAGGUUAACAUAUCUGGAUUUGAGUGAAAACGAUAUCCAAGCAAUCAACGAAACCACUUUCCAAAAUCUCUCCAGUUUAGAAACUCUGAAUUUGAAGGAUAAUAAUAUCCAAGAAAUAAAAGUAGGAACAUUCCAAAAUCUGUCCAAUUUAACAGAACUGGUUUUGUGGAAUAAUAAACUCCAGGAAAUCAAAGUAGGAACCUUCAGUAAUCUUUCCAGGUUAUCAUAUCUAGAUUUGGAUGGUAAUGACAUCAAGGAAGUCAAGGCAGAAACAUUCCAAAAUCUUUUGAGUUUAAGUACACUAUAUUUGAGUUAUAAUGACAUCAAAGAAAUCAAAGUAGACACCUUCCGAAAUCUGUCCAGUUUCACAUAUCUGUCAGCUAAAUCAUUGUUUCUUAUAGUAUUUCGUUGA